GUGGGACUCUAGACCGGAGGUUUUGUUGUGAGGGUCGGUUGUCAAGCAGCGACCAAUCAGGGCAGAGGAUGGAAGCAAGUGGGGGUCGCGCCUGGAGGGAAGUCUUGGCCACCAAAGCUACAGCUGCAGACCAGUGUUGAGCUGAGAUGGCCCAAGCCUGACAGUCCAUGAUCUGGAAUCCAGACUUCCGUGUACAGGCUGCAGUUUCCUAGCGGAUGAUCUAAACCACCAGGCAGAGCUGGGCCAGGAGAGGAGGACUCUCUGCCUGGAUGUGUGGGAACUCCCUGCCAACUUGAUUGUCGGAUCUGGGGGGGAUCCACCCCCACCCGACAGGGAAAGCACAAUCUGUUUUGUGGGUGGGGGGGUCUCAGGUGCCACCCCCUGAAGCAUGGCCACCCCUGUGGUCACCAAGACUGCCUGGAAGUUGCAAGAGAUCGUGGCCCAUGCCAGCAAUGUGUCCUCGUUGGUGCUGGGCAAGGCCUCAGGGCGGCUGCUGGCCACUGGUGGAGAUGACUGCCGUGUCAACCUGUGGUCGAUCAACAAACCCAACUGCAUCAUGAGCCUGACAGGUCAUACAUCCCCUGUGGAGAGUGUCCGCCUCAACACCCCUGAGGAGCUCAUCGUAGCCGGUUCCCAGUCAGGCUCCAUUCGUGUCUGGGACCUGGAAGCUGCCAAAAUUCUCCGCACACUCAUGGGGCACAAAGCCAACAUCUGCAGCCUGGAUUUCCACCCCUAUGGCGAAUUUGUGGCCUCGGGUUCCCAGGACACAAAUAUCAAGCUCUGGGACAUCAGGAGGAAAGGCUGUGUCUUCCGAUAUAGGGGGCACAGCCAAGCUGUGCGGUGUCUCCGGUUCAGCCCUGAUGGGAAGUGGCUGGCCUCGGCAGCAGAUGACCACACAGUGAAGCUCUGGGAUCUGACAGCUGGCAAGAUGAUGUCUGAGUUCCCUGGUCACACAGGGCCUGUGAACGUGGUGGAGUUUCAUCCCAAUGAGUAUCUCCUAGCUUCUGGCAGCUCUGACAGGACGAUCCGCUUCUGGGACCUGGAGAAGUUCCAAGUGGUGAGCUGCAUUGAAGGGGAGCCAGGGCCUGUCAGGAGUGUCCUCUUCAACCCCGACGGCUGCUGCUUAUACAGUGGCUGCCAGGACUCGCUGCGCGUCUACGGUUGGGAGCCUGAGCGCUGCUUUGAUGUGGUCCUUGUCAACUGGGGCAAGGUGGCUGAUCUGGCCAUCUGUAAUGACCAGCUGAUAGGAGUGGCCUUCUCCCAGAGCAAUGUCUCCUCUUAUGUGGUGGACCUGACGAGAGUCACCAGGACAGGCACUGUGACCCAGGACCCUGUGCAGGCUAACCAGCCUCUGACACAGCAGACCUCCAACCCUGGUGUCUCCCUCCGCCGCAUCUAUGAGCGGCCCAGCACAACCUGCAGCAAGCCUCAGAGGGUAAAGCACAACUCGGAGAGUGAGCGGCGCAGCCCCAGCAGCGAAGAUGACAGGGAUGAGCGUGAGUCCAGGGCCGAGAUCCAGAACGCUGAGGACUACAAUGAGAUCUUCCAGCCCAAGAACAGCAUCAGUCGGACACCGCCUCGGAAAAGUGAGCCCUUCCCAGCGCCCCCAGAAGAUGACACAGCCACAGCAAAGGAGGCCUCGAAACCUAGCCCAGCCAUGGAUGUGCAGCUGCCGGUGCCAAAUCUCGAGGUCUCAGCCCGACCUCCAGUCUUGACUUCCACUCCUGCACCCAAGGGCGAGCCUGCUAUCAUCCCUGCCACACGGAAUGAGCCCAUUGGCCUAAAGGCCUCUGACUUCUUGCCCGCCGUGAAGGUCCCCCAGCAGGCCGAGCUGGUGGAUGAGGAUGCCAUGUCACAGAUACGGAAAGGCCACGACACCAUGUGUGUGGUACUUACCAGCCGCCACAAGAACCUGGACACUGUACGGGCCGUGUGGAGCUCGGGAGAUAUCAAGACAUCAGUGGACUCCGCAGUGGCCAUCAAUGACCUGUCUGUGGUGGUAGACCUCCUGAACAUUGUCAACCAGAAAGCCUCGCUGUGGAAACUGGACCUGUGUACCACAGUGCUGCCACAAAUUGAGAAGCUUCUGCAGAGCAAGUAUGAGAGCUAUGUCCAGACUGGGUGCACCUCCCUGAAGCUGAUCCUGCAGCGGUUCCUGCCCCUCAUCACUGACAUUUUGGCAGCCCCACCUUCUGUGGGUGUGGACAUCAGCCGGGAGGAGAGGCUGCACAAGUGCCGACUCUGCUUCAAACAACUCAAGAGCAUCAGUGGCCUCGUCAAGAGCAAGUCAGGUCUGAGUGGCCGCCAUGGCAGCGCCUUCCGUGAGCUGCACCUACUCAUGGCCAGUUUGGACUGAGGAGCUUACCCGUGGGUCUUACACUCUAGUUCGCUGUAUGCCCGUGGCCCAUGAGCCUCAGCUUGGCCUCCACUCUUGCCCUGAUGGCCAUCCUGGAGACAGCAUCGCCAGCCCACUGACCACAGUUGUGGACUUACAACUUCCUCUCCAGCAGCAGCUGAACAGUCUUGCUUCUCAGGGCAACUCCAGCCUCGGAGCUGCUGCUGUAACUUAUCAGGCAGAUUUAUUAAAUGUAUAACUGUUCCUGACUUCCUUAUAAGAGAUAUCCUCUGGCUGUCCCAGACACCGUGGCCUGGAGGUUUGUGGAGGCUGAGACUAUCCUCCUCUUCCCAGUGCAGCUUCUGGAUGUGGCCAGCAAAGGGCUGCCUGGUCAGCUUGACUCUGGGGAAGGGGAAAGGUGUAUCUUACCCACACUGCCAGUUGUCCUUGGGCUCUUUUGAGGCCAGUGGAUGGAUGUCCAGCCCAAUGACUGCAUAGCCAGAGGGCAGGACCCCGGCCUUAUGGCUAGCUACCACUCGGUUGGCUAAGAGCCAUUAACCCUCCCUCUGACCUCUAGAUGCCUUGAGGACUAGACCAAGAUGUUGGAUGACGAAGACUAGAGUGGCUUUCAGAGCCCACAGGAAUCUGCGCUUCCUGGCUGGAUGAGAACCAACCGCUGCCCUACAGGACAGCUGUUGAUGUGCCUAGCAAGACGUCGGGGCCAGGCACAAAUGUGUAGGUAGGGAAUGGGGUCAUUACUAGUGGCCAUAGUUCCAAAGACUGGGAGCAAAGGCCAGCCCAGGGUGAGCAGUGAACUGACAAACCUGACAGCUCCCUGUAACAUGGAAGUGAGACCACGAUGGGAUGGGACAAUGGUUAUAGGUACACAUGGGGUCUUCAUAGUUGAGAUCAUAACCAAAAUGAUAGACAGGCAUGGGAACAGGAAGACUCCUGGCUCCCAGUGGUCUUUGGUGGUAGCUUCUAGAGUCUGUAUGGCCACUUAGUGGGGAACAACAGGGCAUAAAAUGUCCACUCUCCAUGAUCCAUACACAGGGUCUCCCAGUACCAAUGACUCAGACUAUGCUCAUG